AUGUUUGCUAUCCGAACAGGCCUGAAUUCUGCAUUUGGACUUUCCCAGCACGCACUUGUUAUCGUUGGGCAGAACAAACUUAUCAAGAACUUUCCGUUCGGAGGCGAUCUUGAAGCGAAGUUUGCUGGUGAAAUUGAUGCGAGGAAGUGGAACGAGGCAAUGAAAGUGCUUCCUGUAUCGGGAAGUCUUCCCUUGGUGUUCAAUCAGUCUAGGAUCAUUUCUGUGCCAGAUAGUGCUUCCAGGCAUAACACUCCAUCUAACUGUCACAUUAUUAGCAGAGAACUCAAGACAUUACCUUUCUAUAAGGGAGGUUUCAGUGCACUCAACAUUGUGUUGAUCUGUAAUGCUGAUAACGUUCUUGCGAAUAUUGCUGCAAUUGCACGUUCGUUUCCGUUGUAUUUUCGUAAAACUGGGCAGUCACCAGUGAAUGUUAUCGUGGAAAUCUGCCUAGCGGAUCGUGAGUUAACUGAUGACGAUAUCAGUUACCUCAUUAAUCUUGCAUGCUGGAUUCGAGAGGUAUGUCGUCUGGUGGACGCACCCCCGAAUGAGUUGACAACGGACGCAUUUCUUUUGAAAGCUUUGUGUGUGGCCGAGCAGUUGGGAGUGAAACAGACUGUAAUAUCGGCAAGUUUGGGAGAAGAUCUGAAGCGUCAAAACUUUGGGGGCAUAUAUAAUGUUGGAAAAGCUGGUUCCUCACCACCUGCAUUUGCUGUACUUAGUUAUGAACCGGAGGAUGCAAAAGAGACAUAUUGCCUAGUUGGCAAAGGUGUUGUGUUUGACACCGGUGGAAUGCAGAUCAAAGGCAAAACGGGAAUGCCAGGUUACAGAGCUGGAAGUAAACCAGCGGCUUUCUCAGCUCGAAAUUUGGAUGAAAGUCAUAAUCGGGAUAUGGGUGGAGCGGCUGCAGUGUUGGGAGCGUUCUACCUUCUCGUGAGUGCCAAAUUCCGACACAACUUGCACGCUUGCUUGUGCAUUGUGGAGAACAACAUUUCUCCGAAAGCAAAUAAGCCUGAUGAUAUUAUCACAAUGCUUAGUGGAAAGACGGUGGAAAUCAACAACACUGACGCAGAAGGUCGUUUGAUUUUGGCUGAUGGUGUCUAUUAUGCUAAAAACACUCUCAAGGCUGAUGUGAUUAUCGAUAUGGCAACUUUAACCGGUACUCAGUUGUAUCUUUCUGGCAAGCUACAUGGUGCGCUUCUCACAAACUGCCGAGAAUGGGAGGAGAAAGCAUGCGAGGCCGGUCGGCGUUCCGGCGAUUUGGUCGCACCAAUGGUCUUUUGCCCUGAUCUCCACUUCUCGGACCUCAAAAGUCCUGUCGCAGAUAUGCGCAACAGCAACCUCGUCAAAACGGAGGGUCCACCAUCUGCUCUAGCAGGGCUGUUCAUCGGCUCCCACAUCGAAUUCGGUGAGGGGCUGAAGUGGCUGCACUUCGAUAUUGCCUCAGCAGCAGAGAGCGGUGAUCGUGGCACCGGAUACGGUCUGGCUCUGCUAUCCUACCUACUCGGGCAUCUCACGAGGAUUCCUAUGCUUCAGCACUAG